GGUCCGGGCUGGGCGGCACAGACGCUGAAGGAGGGAGGGAAGCGGUCGGUCGGGAUGUCGCUGCUGUCCCGCACUCAGGAGCCGAGCCUGGACGCACAAGCGAUGGCGAGGAUGCCGGCGUGGAAGAGGGAGAUCCUGGAGCGACGGAAGGCCAAGCAGGCGAGCCCGGCGGCGGACGGCCGGAGCUGGGAGCGAGCCCGGGCCGCGGGUCAGGGCGGCUGGGCGCCGAGCCCGGGCCGGGGGUCGGAGCGGCGACCGGAGGAGGAGGAGGAGGAGGGGGGUGGCGCCGUGCUGCUGGAGAGCAUCGCUCCCGUCCAGGAGAACCCGUUCAUCCAGCGGGAGAGGCGGCAGCGGCGGCUGGAGGAGCGGGAGGCGGCCCCAGCCCCGGGCCGCUCCGUGCCGCCGCUUCUGGAGCUCUACAGCCACAUGCCGGGAGUCCGCACCAUCCGCGCCGACAACAUCAUCAUCAUCGAGUCCGACCCCGACUACUUCGCCGAGGCCGGCCCCAGGCACGGCGACUCCCCUCGGGUGGGCGAGCUGCUGCGGGACGGCGAGGCCGCGCUGGCCGAGAUCCGCGCCGCCGAGGUCUUCAUCUACGAGGCGCCGCUGAGCCGCAGCGAGGAGAACCUGAGCAGCCUGGGCACCGAGGAGGCCGGCCCGGGGCACCUGCACGGCAAAGUCAGCCGCUUGCUCGAGAAGUUCGACCAAAACUACGUGAAGCCAGCCCGGUCGAGGAGCACGGAGAAUCUGCUGGACGGCUUCUCCGCCAAGGACCGACAGAGCAAGCCACACUUGUUGCCAAAGCCCCUGGUCCUCUCCAAGCACAACCAAGCACGGUUGGGAACCCAGUCCAGGUCCUGGGGUAGCUCGCUCUCGGAGGCUGGGCGAUCACCUGUCCCUGUCCCGGGCAGCGUGUCCCCCUCUCACCGCAAAUCACCCCAGCCGUUCUCCCCCACGAGAUAUCCUGCUCCACAGUCUCCUGGCAGUGCGUCUGCGCUUUCCCACGUUGCCUUAAAGGAUCAAGGUACCAGCAUUUCCGAAGGUAGACCUUACUCGGUGUCCUCUUAUCGUAAGCAGUUUGAAGGCUUGCACAGCGAUGGAUGGCAGAAGGAUCUGCUCCUUAGGAAAACCCCAUCACACAGGAACAACGAGAACGUUUUGAAAGACUGUACCGACAAGGGGGAUAAGGUAAUGGAAAAUGGUCACCCCGAAGUUGAUUUUAUGGGGAACGAUGUCCACUCAGUGAAGGAAGGAGAGACAGAAAACGAACUUCAGGCAAAUACAAGUGACAUUGGGAUUGGCCAUGUACCCACUCCUCUUAAAGCAUCCAGCAUGGAGGUUUCUCAAGGAGCUGAGAAGUGGAGGCCAAAAUAUGAAAUGGAUCCAAGAAAAUCUCCAAAAUCAUUCCCUGAAGUACUCCCACCUAUGGCAGCUGAUGGUUAUGGCAUCUCUUCACCUGUGAAUUCCAGUGCCACUCCUGUGGGGAAGGUGAUGCAGAACCAUAAGGUGGGAGGUUCAGCCAAAGUCACUCCAAACCAAUGCAAUGGUGUGUCUGCUUCCACUAGUCUCAACAACUCCUUUGAGAUUGUUCCUGCCACUCCUCCAGAUUUUACAUCCAUUCCAGAAGAUGAUGUCCAGGCAAGAGCAUUAGCAAAUCUUAAAAAGCAAUCCAAGAACUCAUUUGUUGUGAUUCCAAAGAAAAGAGUGGGUGCCUCUGUGGCAUCCAGAGAUGUUUGUGAUUCCAGGGAAACGAGCAAUAAAUCCGAUGAAAAGCCAAAACCUGACAUUAGUGCUUCCACUCCCAGUGAGAUUCAAACAGACAGAAUUUCAGGUGUUUCACAGGAAAGAAUCAACCCAUCUGACUGUGAUCAGAGAAAAGGAAAGCUAUCUGAUGCAGAACCUCCUCCUUCCAAAGCAGAUUUUGAGAUGAAAGAGACUUUAAAUAAGCCGACAUCAAAAGGUAGUUAUGAUGUCUCUUCUAGGCACAUGAGUGCUCAACUUUCAUCGGGGGAAGAAACUUCAAGCAUAUUACCUACUGAGUUGUCAGAAGCAGAGCAGGAUGCUGAAUCGAGUGUAAUAUUAAUUAGAAAAGGCGAUCUCCCUGUCACUAAUAUAGAUGAUAUUUUGGUGACAGAAGAAAUUCCUAAACAGCCAACCAUUGCAAAACCAUCUGUUAAAAAGGACAAGCCUUUCAAUGAAUCCUUUGCUGGGCUACACCACCCCUUCAUGCAACGAAAGAGUGGAAAUACCUUCACUGUUGUUCCUCAACGAAAGCCAGCAAACAGUAGUCAUGAGGUGUCAGUCAAUGCAAAUGACAUCUCUCAUGCAAAUGGGGCCGAUGAGCAGCCAUCUGAAGAACUUGAACCAGCACUUGCCAAACUGGGGGUGUUAUUAAAGAAGCGCUAUCCAGCUGCUGAAGAUAUUCAGGUGAUAGGAGGAUAUCUGUCAUUGGAGAGAUCCUGUUUAUCUAAGAGUGGUUCCACGAGAAAGAAGAUGAAGAUUUCUUUCAAUGAUUCUAGUCUGCACACGACAUUCGAAUACCCAUCUGAGAACUCGCUUAUGCAAGAGGAGGAAUCUGAAGCGAGCGAGGAUGAUGAGGAGGAGCAACCCCUGAUGACCUUCCCACGUCCCAGCUACACCAGCUCCCCCACGUCUGCGAGCAGCCCCAUACGGACUAACACUAUGGUCUCGGCUCUGUCAAACUACACACCUAAACACACAAUGCCAUUUGACACAUGGCAGGAGCAGAAGUUGAAUGAAACCUUAUCCAGUAGGGACAGCGCACUGCAGAGUACAGAAUCCACGACAGGGGACGACAUGCUCACACCAGCAGACAGCAGCUCCCAUUCGGAUUACAGCAGUGAACCAGCACUAUACUUCUGAUCUGAAGGAGGUGGGAUCUAGAGAUGGUAACAGUCCUUCUUUUGGGACAAGGUUGCCAGGAAUUAUUAGGAUGGCAAAUGCUGGUCACGUGCCAUCUGAGAUGCGGCUAGAUGUCCUUCAGAAAAAAAACUCACCCUUCUCAUCGCAGUUUUCCAGGCCACACUGCACGUCCCAGGACCAAGGUUAAUUUCAAGAGAAAUUAAAUUUGUUUCGUACAUUCCUUUGGGUAUCUCCUGUGCCUCAGAGAAGACCAAUCUCCAGAUUACAUGCGAGACAUUGCAGCACUGAUGUGGCAGCCUUGAGGCUCAGAGACUAGUUACUGAUACACUGAGUUUGCUAUGUUUGCACUUGCUCUUUAAGGGCUCUGACCUGUUUCUAAAUCAUUCCUGGAUACUGCCGGACCAUGGACGUUGAAGCUCAUUCUGAAAGAUGCUAACUGCUCAAUUACUCACUGGAGAAUUAGCUUUUGUCCUGUCUUUUGUGGCUUUGGCCACCUUUGUCUUUGAGUAUUGGGCCUGCAAAGGCACAGACCCUAGUUUGUGUUUUCCGGAUUGACUUCCAGUUGUAUUUGAGAUUGCAAUAUCAUUAAGUGUGUAUGAUGUACCGUGAUAGUUUGUAACUUCCAUUGUGCCACAGGUUUCACUGAUGGUGGUACUGGUCAAAGGGUUUAACUGUUCCUAUUUUCUGUGCUGACUUCCUGUUUCCUUAACGAUGUAAUUAACCAUCCUGGCACUUUGACUUCUGAGCGCCUCCUGGUGAGGCAUGGAGGCUGUGAGAGUGCCAAACUCCUCGCAUUUGAAGACGGAAUUUCUUUAUGGAAUGUGUUUAGUGCCAUGUAUUUACUGGGUAGUUAGGCCAGUGGGAGGGAGUUGCUAAUUACAGAAGGGCAAGAGUGGAGUUGGAUUUUUAUGUGUGGCUGCUGUUCCAUAGGAAUGAAAAUAUGUUGAUGCCUCGAAGUGAGAUGUCAAAUUUUUGUGUGGCUUUCAAGUGAAUGGUGAUUGAGGACAAAGCUCUUCUCUCUUUUUGGAUCCAUUUAGUCCUAACACACAUUCUGUACCUGGUCUACAAAGGUUCUUGUAAAUUGAACCUGAAGUAAAUGUGCAGAGAAGUGAAUGCUAAUGAGAGCAGGAGUGUUGGAAUUGAAGCAGAGAUCAUUUCUAGGCUGCUGGUAGUUUGAUGCCACACCUGAUUAGGGGAUAGACCGUGUUGUUGAUUUGUGCAGACUUUUUCUAUUAGUAUAGGAAAGAAAUGUAUUCCCAGAUCCUUCAAAGAAGAUCCCCAGUUGAACAAAAUAUGUGACCAGAAAUUCUCUUUUACCUUUGACUACUGAUAUGGUCAAGUGAACUACUGUGAUGGGGAAAGUCUAUAAGAUGUGUUGCUUUAGUCAUUGUCUUGGAGACUGCUCUUCUGUGACUGAGCUUUGAAGCAGUUAAUGCCAAUACUAAUUCUGAUGCAGCAGUAACUAUUGGAUAAACUGGAAACUAGAAAGAAAAACUAAUGAUUCAGAUUAUUCUCAGUCCAGGGAACUUCAUGCCAGCUGAAUUAUGUGCAGAGAGAUAUUUUGUUUGUAUUUGAUAUUAGCACUGAAUUUAUGGGAGAGGGAUGUUUAAAGGUUGCAGAGAUAGGUUUGCAGGGCUAUGUUAGUUCUGUGUCAGUUUCCAGAUUGUUGAAAUAAAAAUGUUCUUUAAUUCAAUGGGAUUCAGGGCAAUGAACUGUGAGAGACUGCAGGAGAAUCCUCAUGAUUUAUCUUCUGUUCUCAGAGGAUGUUGAAUGUAGUUUAAACAGUCAACAGACCCUUAUAAUUUUCUGAUUAUAACUAGGUUUAAAAUGUUAAAUCAGGAGUUGGAAAUAGAGCACUCCUUGCAAUAGCAUUAGGCCUGAUGAUAUCUGGCUCUUUGGCCCAUGAAGUAUCUCCUAUUACACUCUGUAUUCAUGUGGAAAUGUAAACCUGCAGAUGGGAAACAUCAGGAUCAAAUGCACUCCUUUCUCCCUGGGUUUAAAUCCUGCCUGGGCUGAGGUAUUUGAAGAAACCUGUCUGUCAACUUUACGUUGAAACUGUUUUCAAGUAGUUUCCCUUUUUUUGCCUAGGUUCUUGGAUAGAAGUCCACAGUCUAAAAGCAAUUGUAUUUUAUAGUUAGGGAGUUGUCUCCCUCAUGGUGAUAAAGGUGGUGGUUGAGAGCAAGGAGAUCAUCUGCAGCUUGGUCAGGGGUGAUGUAAUGGGGUGGGCAUUGCUCCGAUGUUGGUGUUGAAAGAGUUGAGCCAGGUCAUAACUGUAUAAAAGCCAUCAAGAUGCAUGAAAUUAUUUUAUUCUGACCUGCACUUUAAUACCAAAAUAUCCAUUUUUGAGAUUAUAGUAACUAUUUGUUUUUCUGUCUGAGGGUGGGCUUAAGUUUGAGUGCAGGCUAACUGCCUGUUAUUGUGUCAAUUAUUCACGAGCGGACAUGUAUGAGGUAGGGUGAUUGUUGCCCAGCUAUGCCCUCUGCUUUCUACCCACUCCCCUCCAAAUUCUCAUGUAAUCCCAUGGAUUUGUGAUGUGCAGUUAGGAUAAGAAACACUGGAAAAUUAGAAAACACCAGGAGAGAGAACCAAGGUUAAUCUUUUGGGUAGAUUGUCUCGUGAUCAAAACAUUGUCUAGCAAAAGACUUCUACCUACACAGUUGAUGUGUUUUUUAAUGUUUUAGAUGUUGACAGCAAACUUGUAUAUUCUACUUUUUAUUUAUUAAUGGAGAAGUUUGAGGUUCAGCUGUAGUAGGAUUUACAUUAAGCUAAACAUGUUUUUGAUAAACAGUUCUGAGCAUUCCUAAGCACAAGGGGCCUACACCAUCUGACCACUCUGAAGAAUCUUUGAAGAGAAUUAACCAUUCUCUCUACAUUCCAUGUUGGCACACUCCAAAUACCUUGAAACCAACUAACAGCAUUUUUAUAGCCCAGGGUAUGUUGCAAGUGUUUUAUUCACAGCUAUAGUAUUUGAAAAUAGUUUUCUGAGAUCUUUGACAACAAAGCACCAUGUGUGACAAAACAAGUUAUUAAAGGAACGAGGAAUUCUGUGCGAACUUGCAUAGAAACAUAUUGUAAUUGGCUGGCAGUCCAGAGCAGUGCAUCAUCAUAGGACUGGAUGCCAGGUGAAAGAAAUGUUAUUCCAUGAAAUUCCAUAUGCACUAUACAAUUUUGCACUUAGAGAUUGAACUGAAAGGAAGAAACUUGCCACCGUCCAGUCAUAAGGCCAAACGUGUUGCUCUUUUACUAACCUCACCUUUAAUGCAAAUGCUAAGAAAGCACAUUAUUUAAAGAAAAAAACACCUCAAUUAUGGACACAACAGUCUGCUAGAGAAGAGUUUCUUUCUUUAUAGUGAUAUGCAAUGCUUAUUUUGAUAGAAAUUUUGUAUUUUUGGUUGUAGAUGUAAUAAUAUUCAUAAUGGUUUAUGAUUUUCAGAGAUGAUUUAAAAUAAAAAAAAAUAUA